AUAAUAUUUAUAACAAGUACAAAAUGGCUAUCGGAGCUGGGAUGUCGUGUGUAAAAUACCUACUAUUUUCUUUCAACCUGUUAUUUGCGAUAACGGGUAUGAUAAUCCUAAUAGUUGGUGCCAAGGCGGAGAUUAACGCUUAUCCAUAUGUCAACCUGACAGAUGAGAGUUUCUAUACGUCAGCUCCGAUUAUGCUCAUCAUUGUUGGGCUGAUUGUCUUCGUUGUUGCCUUCUUUGGUUGCUGCGGAGCUGUCAAGGAGAACCAUUGUAUGAUUGUCACGUUCUCCAUCUUCCUCUUAAUGAUCUUCAUAGCUGAGUUGGCUGUUGGUACCGCAGCGUACCUGAAGCAUCAGGACUUGGAGACGUCGAUCGUGAAGUCGCUGAAUGAGUCUCUGAAGCAGUACCCGACCAACCCUGAUAUAAAGAAGAACUUUGACAUCAUACAGACAGACCUUCACUGCUGCGGAAUCAACAGCCCUGACGAUUGGACGCUUAACGGUCUGCCAAUCCCGGCGACAUGUUGCGCUGCGCAGGAGUUGCUCGAUGACAAACCAGUCGCCUGUACCAAAGACAGUCCCAAUUUCCAUACCCAGGGCUGCCUCAACAACAUUCUUGUGCACUUGAAGGAUAUCGCUAUGGUGCUUGGUGGUGUUGGUCUGGGUAUCGCUUUCGUACAGCUCCUUGGAGUAAUAUUCGCGUGCAGCCUCGCUCGUUCCAUCCGCAGCCAAUACGAGACCGUUUAAAUUCAUACAAAAUAUUUUCUAGAUGUUGCCCAUACUUGUAGCGUAAGCAUAACAUUUUGUGAUAAGUAAUUCAUUCCCAUAGAUAUUUUUAUUUUUUAUAAUUUAUUUCAAUUUGAAAAUCUUUUUUCUGAAAAAGAUCUGUAAUUGUCGAAUAUUAUUUUUAUUUUUGGUGUUAAAUGCACAAUGAAUAAAUUGUGCUCAGUCAAGACUGAUUUUUCGAAUAGAUGAUGAAUGCCAAAUUUUGUCUCUUGUCUAUAGAUUUAUGCCGAUUUAAAUGACUAUGAACAAAAAACUGUAGAUCAGUUUUCUAUUAUCUAUGUACGCGUCUGAAAUUUUCAAGUAUGUGAUUAUUUACAUUGCUAAUUACUUAUGAACCUUAUUGAUUGGAUAUAAGAUUUAAUUUUUCAUCAAUUAUUGUACAAAAUGGCGGCGUUACUUUAGACGCGUAAAAAAAACAAGCUCUUUAUACCAUUGGACCUUAGUCAAUCUAUAUAAAUUUUAAAAAACGGCAUAAAUCUCGACUUAAUGUUUACAAUCUCAUAAUAUUAUAUAGAAUUUUUAAAACUUUUCUAAACGUUGCUAUUUUAAUAUGACAUUAUAAUAACUAGACAAAAUAGCAACCUUUUCUUAGAUUGGUGCACUAUUUUAGAGUUUUAUGACGAUGCAAGUGUAUUUGAAUGUUUAAAACCGAGAUUAGCAUCGCGUAAAAUGUAUUGGUGUUUAAUAUUUCCUAUAUUUAAUAAACUUCAUAUUAUAAAGUA